AUGCAGUCUAGCACAACGGAGCGGAAACAGGCAGAGUCUAUCUGCAAUUCCACACCUGAUUUAUCCUCUAAUGAUCAUGCGGGGGGUGGUCUGGGGGACAACCACUAUCAUACAGGAUUCUUCAGACGUACCACUCAGUUGCUUUCUCGGUUUGGGAUUGAAACACAUGGCAUCGCGCCGGUCCCAGCAGAAGAACGUCUCGAGACUCGGUGGUACCAAAUGUUUUUUGUUUGGUUCUCGUCUAACAUGAAUAUAUUGGGAUUCAGCACUGGCACUACUGGACCUGCAUUUUUUUCCCUCGGAGUUCGUGACUCUAUAGCUAUCAUCCUCAUUGUUAACCUGGUAUAUUUUGGUGCUAUCAUACCGGCCGUCUUGAAUGUUCUCUCCUUGGAAGGCUUCCUUAUCUUGAACUGCAUCAUCGGUGGCCAAACGAUAGCUAGCUUCUCCUCUCAACUUGAUGAUAAUCUUGGAAUUGUCAUCAUUGGUAUAAUAUCUCUUGCGGUUUCAAGGUCACUUUCUGUGGAUACCGUGUUAUCCAUUGGUGGGACCACUCCAAUAUUAAUAUGUACGAAAGCAUUUCCUGGAUCCCGAAUCGCGAGAAUUUUUAUUUACACGUACCUCGGAUUUUUCGUAUCUAAUUUGACUGGUCAGGCUCUGGGUGCUGCAUUCGCAGCUGCAGCUCCGAGUGUGCCUGCUUGGAAUGCAGGAUUCCAAGAUAGUUCUUCCGUUGGCGGUUUGUUAUACAGCGUGUUGCUACCUGCUGGCGUAUUCGGAAAAAUCCUGACUGCUUUGGUCGCUCUCAGCAUACCCAGCGCCUGUGCACCGACGAUGUAUACGUUCAGCACUAGUUUCAUGGCUGUUGCCACGUAUUUUGCUGCGGUACCCAGAUGGGUAUAUAUCCUCAUCUCAGAGGGGAUUCUGAUACCGGUGGCAAUCAUUGGCGCCAAAAGUUUCUACACUACUUUUGUGGGAAUCCUCGAUAUCGUUGGAUACUGGUCAUCAGCAUUUGCUGCGAUCAUCCUCACAGAACAUGUGUUAUUCCGACGAGCCUCGUUUUCUGAGGAUCAAUAUCCCAUCACGACUUGGGCUUCGCAUGAUCUCUUGCCUAGCGGUAUACCAGCAGUCGUGGCCUUCGCAUGCGCCUGUGGAGCUCUUGUUCCGUUCAUGUCACAAGCUUGGUAUGUAGGACCAGUGGCGAGGCGGGGCAGUGGAGAUGUUGGCGUGUUCGUAGGGUUCGUGGUGGGAGCUAUUGUUUAUGCUUUGGCGAGAAAUUUGGAGAAGAUGUGGUGCAAGAAGAAGGAAUUAAGCAAGUCAGACACUUUUAGUACACUAGCUACUAGUGCGUAAAGGAACCACGACCAUGUGCAUAAACUUA